UGCCUUGCCUUAUUGUCAAAUAAACCACGUCUCCCCAGGAUUCUCCACUCCUGAUUGGUCCCCUCUGGGUUCAUCCUGGCACCGCCUCAUCAGAUUCACCUGACUGUGUUCCUCAUUCAUGGAGUAUUAACACUAUCCAGGUUCUGCUAAAUCUGACUAACUGAAGGCCAUGGAGAGAACAGCAGUCCUCUUUGUUCUCCUCAGCUUCUGCAUCACCUCCCUGGCUCUGGAGUGUAGAGUGGUUCCAGGCAAGCUGAAGCAGAUUGAUGUUUCGAAUGGUCAAGUGUUUGGGGUCAACUCCAAUAAUCAGAUCUACACCCUGUACAGCACCGGCUGGAUCCAGGUCCCAGGAUCUCUGAAGCACGUCAGUGUGGGACCUGCUGGCGUCUGGGGAGUCGAUUCCAACAAUUACAUCUACAAACUUGUGGGAGGAGAUUGGGUUAUUGUUCCAGGUCUGCUGAAACAGGUGGAUGCAGGAGGAAUGGUCUCUCCAGCAGGUGUCAACAUGAAUGAUGAUAUCUACUGCCUUACUGGGGGGCAAGGUUCUUCCUGGAAGCAUAUCCCAGGAAAGCUGAAGUACUACAGCUGUGGGCCGUACAGCUGCUGGGGAGUCAACGCUGCAGACAACAUCUACAUUAUGAAGGGCGUGACUCCAACUGCUUGUGGUGGCUCCUUAAACUGGCAGCAGAUACCUGGAGGUCUUUCCAUGAUUGAGGUUUCCACUGAUGGAAAAGUCUUUGGGGUCAGUUCUAUUGGAGAGGUCUUCCAGAGGGAUGGUGUUUCACGAAGUAACCCUGCUGGCACUGGGUGGCGCCAAGUGCCGUCCUCUAAGAAAGUCAAGCAUGUUUCCUACGGUAAUGGCCACCUGUGGCUCAUCAGCAGAGAUGACAGCAUCAUGGACUGCACCGGAUAAAAGGAGUGAGACCUCUAGAGCCCUACAGUCAAGUUCAGAUCAGACGUCUCAUUCAUGAAAAAAGUUAUGGUCUAUAAUCAACUCUUUCCUGAUUAACUUUCCACCUUUUCUAUCGCAUUUAACCAAAGUCUCCACAUAUUGCUAGGCUGAGAAAACAGCAUAAUAUUAAGAACA